UUUAGGUUCAUAGAUGAACUUCAUUUUGCAAUUCUGGCAUUUGAAAGGGAUGUUAUUGACUCCAGACGAUAUAGUUCUGCCCAGGACUCUACACCAGGGAUAAGGACAUGGGACUCCUCCUGCCAGAUUCCAGAUGGUUCAUUACAACUGACAUCUUGGUUGAAAACUGUGAAAAGAAACUUUGGAUUAUUUUAUUUUAUUUUUGUGGGAGACCACAAUUCCCAAACUGUAGAACAGAUCAGGCUCCAUAUUUCUUCUAGAAUUUUAAAAUAAUCUUUUCUAAUGAGGAUGUCUGAUAUUGUUACGGUAAAAGAUGACACUGAUGCAAUGAAAGGUCCAGAAGCUGAACUUAAAGAUACAGACCCAGUUGAACACUUCAUAAAAUCAGAAAGUCAGGAGCAAAUUCAAGCAGAUAAGGAUGAAAAUUGUCCUGACAGCAAAAACAAUAUGCCGCGGCCAGUGCAGUCUUUUGGACAGACAGCCAAAAGAUCAAAGUCAAACACAAAGUUAAAGUUAGUUCGGAGCCUUGCUGUAUGUGAAGAAUAUCCACCACCUCCUACAGCUGAAAUAUCACAGGACCUCCAGGAGAAAAUCCAAAUCCAGUUAUCACAGUCUUUUGAGAAAGAAGAAAAGCCUGCAAAAGAUGAAACAGAAAAGGAAAAGUCAAGUGAUAAACUACCCAGAAAAAUGUUAUCGAGAGAUUCCAGCCAAGAAUACACAGAUUCCACGGGCAUAGAUCUUCAUGAAUUUUUAGUAAAUACAUUAAAAAACAAUCCCAGGGACAGAAUGAUGCUGCUGAAAUUAGAACAGGAAAUUUUAGAUUUCAUUGGUAAUAAUGAAGUUCCAAGAAAAAAGUUUCCCCCAAUGACAUCUUACCAUAGAAUGCUGUUGCACAGGGUAGCUGCUUACUUUGGAUUAGAGCACAACGUGGACCAGAGUGGGAAAUCAGUCAUAGUAAAUAAAACUAGCAAUACAAGAAUACCUGACCAAAAGUUUUCUGAGCAUAUAAAGGAUGAGAAGAGUGAUGAUUUUCAGAAACGGUACAUCCUUAAAAGAGAUAACUCUAGUUUAGACAAAGAUGACAACCAGAUGAGAAUGCGAUUAAAAGAUGACAGAAGAAGUAAAUCCAUAGAAGAACGUGAAGAAGAAUAUCAAAGAGCUAGAGAGAGAAUAUUUGCACAAGAUUCCCUGUGUUCCCAAGAGAAUUACAUUAUUGAUAAAAGAAUCCAGGAGGAAGAAACUAAUAGUACACAACAAAGACGGCAGAUAUUUAGGAUCAAUAAGGAAGCAUCGGGGAGAUCAGCCAACAGCCAUCAGAGCAGUACUGAGAACGAGCUGAAGUACUGUGAACCGCGUCCCUGGAGCAGUACCGACUCCGAUAGCUCCAGCCGCAAUCUGAAGCCAGCUGUAACCAAAGCCAGCAGCUUCAGUGGGAUAUCAGUCCUGACAAGAGGAGAUAGCUCUGGAAGCAGCAAAAGCACGGGCAGGCUGUCUAAGACAGGUUCAGACUCUUCUAGUAGUGUAGGGUCAUCCACGGGUUCUCUUUCUCACACCCAGCAGCCUCUCCCGGUGCCAGCUCUAAGCCAGCCUUCUCAUGGCCCGCCGGCCGUCUAUCCAACUGUCAGCACUAGUCACUCUCUUUCCUUUGAUGGUGGCAUAAGUGGGCAAGUGGCACCUACUAGCACUAGCUUCUUUUUGCUUCCCUUGGAAGCGGCAGGCAUACCACCUGGCAGUAUUCUGAUGAACCCUCAAACAGGUCAGCCAUUCCUUAAUCCAGAUGGCACUCCAGUUGUGUACAAUCCUCCAAUGCCUCAGCAACCUGUUAGGACCCAAGUGCCUGGACCUCUGCAACAGCCACCUCUUCCCCUUCCACCUCAGCAACAGCCAGCAGCUAAUCACAUCCUGUCACAGCAAGACAACCUGGGAUCCCAGUUUAGCCAUAUGAGUCUUGCCCGCCAGCCAUCUGCUGAUCCAGCUGAACCUCACACCACUAUGUUCCAGUCCACUGUGGUCCUCCAGCCCCCGCAGCAGCCUGGUUAUAUCAUUGCAGCUGCUCCACCACCUUCUGGCCAAGCAGUUUCUACUCCAGGCUACUCUACUUCUGGCCACCCUGUCAACCAGCAGGUACUCCAGCAGCAGGGAUAUAUGCAGCAACCUGUGUCACAGAUGCCAGCGUGUUAUUGUACCCCCAGUCAGUAUUCACACUCCACUCAGCAAUAUCGGCCCGUUACUUCAGUCCAUUAUAACGCGCAGCAAAACCAGCCAUUGGCACAGCCUGGACAGCAGACAGGUUACCAAGUUUUGCCUAACCAGCAACAAAACUACCAGGGCUUAGUUGGAGUUCAGCAGAAUCAGAAUCUAGUCAGUGGCCAACACAACAACAUUGGGAAUCAAAUUCAAGGUGUGAUUGUUCCUUAUCCUUCAGUGCCAUCUUAUCAGGUUUCCAUGCCUCAAGGUUCCCAAGCCAUGCCCCAGCAGACAUAUCAGCAGCCGGUUUUAAUUCCCAGUCAGUCAAAUCAAGGAUUGCCAGCAGCAGGAAUGCCAGUUUACUAAAAUGUCAUUCCAUCAAGUCAGCAGAAUAAUUUAAGUUCAUCAGUAGGAUAUUUGCAGCCUCCCGGAUCGGAGCAGAUACAGUUUCCUAGAACAUCAUCACCAUGCCACUCGCAGCAGCUUCAAGGACAGCAGUGUGCAGUUUAUAACAACCAUUCGAGUCGGAAGCCAUCACCUCCUACAUUAUUACCACCUUCAUCAAAAUCAAAGCCACAACAGGCUGCUUCCAUUGUGCACUACAGCAUAGUGUCUUCACCCUCAUCCUGUAAAAGUUCGCCCACUGGUCUUUCCAUCAUGCAGCCCAUAAAAGCAGUAGCACCACCACCAGGUGGAGGAGUAGUAAUGAUGCAACUAAAUAUACCUAAUAAUCCCCAGCCUCGGAACCAUUCGCCUCCACAGUGGAAACACAAUAAAUAUUACUGUGAUCAUCAAAGGGGGCAGAAGUCCGCAGAAUUUAGCACUUUAGACAGUGCCACACAGUUGCAGCAUAGUCCUCAACUAGGUAGUCCUGUCACCUCGCCGGCCCAAUCACCAGCACCAGCUCAGCUAUCAAAUAUGAAGAACAUCCGUCCCACUUUAACACCUCUUUCUAUUGUGUCCCAGUUUUCUAGACCUUUUGUCUCUGGACAAGGAGAUGCAAGAUACCCACUGCUUGGCCAGCCCCUGCAAUACAAUCCACCAUCUUUAUUACGUGGACAAGUAACAAGCCAACAGUGUCAGCCUGGAAACAGACACGGAAACAGGGGAAAGAAGACAGCAAAGAAGGCUGCUUCAGCAGAUCUUGGUGCUGGAGAACCAGUUGUGGGAAAAGUUUUAGAAAUCACUGAACUACCGGAAGGAAUAACUCGUAUGGAAGCAGAAAAACUCUUUGGAGAACUUUUUAAAGUCGGUGCCAAGAUUCGGUGGCUGAGGGAUUCCCAGUGUCUCCAAACGCCGCCGCAGCAGCAGCAUCGUCGUCACUGUAGCAGUGGAGAUAGUAACGUGAACACUGAGCCUUCCAAACCUAGUGACUUGGCCUCCACUUACACGGUUCUGGCUACGUUCCCUACAAUGACAGCUGCUCAGAAUGCAUUGAAGAAACAAAGUAGUACUUCAGUUAACAAGUUCAGGCUGAGAACGAGCAAGAAGCACUACGACUUUCACGUUCUGGAAAGGGCUAGUUCUCAGUAGCAGUUACAUCAGUGGACACUCAGCCUUUACUACUUCCAUGUCCUUCCCUCCUUGAUUGGCUUGAUGUUAUGGGGUUUCUGUUCUCUUCAUAGAGACUCCUGGGAUGUUUUGUCAUAUUAGCCAUUGAAGAAUAACCCAGUGAUCCAGCAAGAUGAAGAAAAAAA